AUGUCUCUCCACAUGUAUCCCUAUCCCCAGGGCCUUGUUCCUACUCAGCCUCUCCGCUUGAAGCGUCGUCAAGUCAAGAACGCCUGCACUAAUUGCCAGAAAGCAUGCAAAAAGUGCGACGACGCCAGGCCCUGCCUUCGCUGUGUUAAGUACGGCGUCUCCGAGGAGUGUGUUGAUUCCCAACGCAAGGAGCGAAGGAAAGGGAUUAAGCGAGGUCCCUACAAGAAGCGCGAUGGAAAAGGCAAUGCCUCUGACCAGGUCGACGACCCUCAAGGCUUGCCUAUCAAUGGAGUUCCGGUCCAACCCUCCGGUCCUCCCCCUACUGCUCCCUACAUGGGUCCAGUAGGUUAUCCUCCGGGUUACUAUGGCCAAUACCAGCCGCCACCUCUCGGGAAACCGGGCGAGGCGCCCUCUUUCUACCCACAGUUUUUCAUUACCUCUGUUCCACCACCGCCUCCUCCUUUGCAGCACAACCAGGAGGGCGAUACCCAGUCUUAUCCCCCUCAAUCUCCCCCCCAGUUCUAUUCGACCACCUUCCUUGCUCCGUAUGCUCAGCCAUAUCCACCAUAUGUCGUAGCUAGGCCGGAUACUCAGGUUCAGAUGCCCACGGCGCCUUAUACAUAUCCGUCGCCUGUGUAUGGGAAGCAGCCGGUCGAAAUGGGUAUCACCGGUGAUCACAAUGAAGUCGACAAGUAA